GUAGCAGCGCAGUGUCUCCUCAACAGCCGGCAGUUCAAGAUGUGCCCUGCAAACCUCCUGUAUUUGGUAGCUUUUCUUAUUGCAGCUGUGCACGCAGGACAUCUUUAUCCAAGGGAGUCUGAAUUCCGGGAGUUAAAACCUUUGGAUGGCUUUUGGGAUUUUUACAUCCCCUUAAGUAACAGCACUUCGCAAGAAACGGAAGAUAUUCCCCAGCAUGGUCUGCCGUUCAGUCCGGGUAGGUCGCUGAAAAUGCCAGUGCCCGCCAGUUACAAUGAUAUCACUGUUGAGGCCGACCUGCGCGACUACGUUGGCACCGUGUGGUACGAACGUACGUUUUUUGUGCCAUCCAGUUGGCAAAAUCAGCGUGUCUUUCUUCGUUUUGCCAGCGUGCAUUACAAGUCUUCUGUGUGGGUAAACGGAGACUUUGCCGUGGAACACGAAGGCGGUCACCUGCCCUUUGAAGCAGACGUGAGUUUGCUACUCAUCUUUGGCCAGAGCAAUCGAGUCACCGUCUCAGUCGACAAUGUGCUGACCAACGUGACUGUGCCCCAGGGGCAAGUCGAACUACUAUACGGCAGUGACCCAGAGCCCAGGAAGGUGCAAACAUACACUUUUGACUUCUUCAAUUACGCCGGUAUCCACCGACCAGUGGUUCUCUAUGCUGUGCCAAUCACCCAUAUUACAGAUAUUAACACCACAUCCUCGGUUUCCGCUCAAAACGGCGUUGAAGAUGUCUAUGAUGCCGUGGUGACGUACGCGGUAGGCAUUGAUGGUAACGAAGCUAACUACGAGUGCAGAGUUAGUCUAAUUGACGGCGACGGCGUCGUCAGGGUGUUCCAGCAGCAAGGAUGUGAAGGAGUGCUUUUGUUGAACAAUGCCAGUCUAUGGUGGCCGAUUUUCAUGAGUCCGAGACCUGGUUAUUUAUACAGCUUUGAGGUUGAGCUUUGGAAUUCAGAAGGAUUCGUUUUUGACAAGUAUAGAUUGCCUAUUGGUAUCAGAGCAAUUACUAUGGAAGGAAAUUCUCUUCUUAUCAAUGGGAAACCAAUAUAUAUUCGUGGCGUUGGAAAACAUGAGGAUGCUGAUAUUAGAGGGAAGGGCUUGGAUCUGUCCAUUAUGGCACGCGAUGUUGAGCUAAUGAAGUGGAUGGGAGUAAAUUGUUACCGAACGUCUCAUUACCCUUACUCAGAAGAGAGCAUGCAAGUUGCCGACAGGGAAGGAUUCAUGGUCAUCGACGAGGCGCCUUCUGUUAAUACCGAAUUUUAUUCGGAGGAACUUAAACUGAAACACGAGCGAGUGCUGGCUGAGCUGAUCCGCCGGGAUAAAAAUUACGCCUCCACAAUAAUGUGGUCAAUUGCUAAUGAGCCGCGAACGCAGCACAACAUAUCCGAGCCCUACUUCAGAUAUUUACGAGAUUCCGUGCGAGAAAUGGAUCCAACCAGACCUAUUACUAUUGUUAUCGCCCAGCCAUAUACUAAGGAUGUAGCGGGCCACUUGUGCGACGUUCUGUGCUUUAACCGCUACAACGCGUGGUACAGCAACGAUGGUCGUCUGGAGACGAUAGCUCCUUCGGUAAUUAGUGAGGCACGCGCUUGGUACGAAAAGAACGGGAAACCAAUCAUUAUGGCAGAAUAUGGAGGUGACACAAUGAACGGCCUGCAUAGGCUGCCGUCCUUCAUCUGGUCUGAGGAGUUCCAGGAGGAUUUGCUGUCUGAGCAUUUUAAGGCUUUUGAUAUUUUGCGCAGCGAAGGCAUUUUCAUAGGAGAAAUGAUUUGGAAUUUUGCAGACUUCAUGACAAACCAGGACUAUACGCGUGUUGGAGGAAACAGGAAAGGUGUAUUCACACGGGACAGACAGCCGAAAGGUGGGGCUUUUACUCUGCGACAGAGAUAUUUGGAAUUAGCCCAUGAACUGGACAAUGCACCCAAGCCCAGAAGACGCUACAUUCGCGACCAACUACCCUUGCUUGUUGAUAAUAGUAAUAAUUAUUAAAACUACAUACAGUAUGCUAUGUUCGAAUCUGCUAUUAUGUUAAUUUUUCCUUUAAUACAUAAAAUAAACUUAUUUAAUUCAUCAUUUAAAAAA